CAAGAAAAAGGGUGUGUCUUGCUGCAAAAGGAUCUCAAUCUCAUGUUCUCUUACUCUUCUCUCGUACUUGUGUAUCUACACGAACUCCUAGCUAGCUGUGAUCAGAAUGAAGAUGCUGUAGUCUCUGGAUUAUUAUCAACUCACAGAUGUCCCUGGCAGAUGGUCUCCUCCUCAUGUCUUCUUGCAAACAACUGUCGAUAAGCUUCCUCCACCUGUGUGUGCGAGGGAUCUGGGCAACAUGGAAUGAUGGAUCCUUGGCUGAUGUGAUGGUCUCCAACAGGUGACACUGGACAGUACGAGAACAUGGAACUGGACAAGGGGGUGUGGCAAUGUGAGUGUGCUGCUCUAAACUAUAACAUUUGUGGACUCUGUCAAGAGCUGCUUUAAGGAAAAGAUGUAGCUCUAUGGAAUGUGACACGCCCAUCACUGAGAAGAUAACGGUGACCCACUUCCUCGUCCAACCACACCCACCAUCACUGAAAGUAUGGCAAUACAAUGUGUGUGUGUGCUUCCAAGGGGUUUAAUCAAUAUCUCCAUUCCUCCAGUUUUAUCCCCCGCCCACACACUCUCCACAGAGUCCCUCCCAGAGUUCAUAGUCCACCACUGGCACAAUGGAAGAGCUGUAUAUGCCUUGUUAACUGGUGCUCCUCCGAGACUCCGCCCCUUUCCCUGCCCAGCCCAUCCCUCGGAGGAGACCAGCUGGUGUACAAUAAGCACUGGAGCAGGUGCUUUGGUAUCGUCUACCACCCCUGCCUGCACAAGAUGCUCUCAGCUACUGCUGUCUGGUGUUUUCCGAGUUCUACUCCUCACAACCUGUUACAUCAGUCGGUGAACUUUGUCCAUAAAAGAACACCAAAUAGCUAGACACACUUAUUUUACCUUGUGUGUUGUAUUUUCCAGGUGUCAAAAUAAUUGUAACCCACCAUUAAUUUGCCAAUGACAGGCUAUGCGCAUGCGCAAUGUGCACAGUAGUCAAAGAAAGAGGGCGUCUCUCGUGAAGUUGCUCUGGUGUUCUCCUCCGCUAACCUCACUGUGUAUCAUCAUGCUGUGAUCAGAAUGCUGUAGCCUCUGGGGAUAUUAUCAAAAAGAUGUCUGACUAUCUCACAAUAGAAGAUCUUAAGAAAGUGUACCUAGUCACGUUUGAUGCUCGAGUUAAGUGGCGAAACAUUUUGCUUGUUCUUGACGUAUCCCCGGCUACUAUCAACAACGUAGGUACGAAAUGGCGUGACAAUCCUGAUGACUGCUAUCGUGAGGGACUGUCAGAAUGGCUAACGGGUGGGGAGAGAAGCUGGGAAGAUGUGAUGGGGGCAUUGUCUAGUCCUAUUGUGGGCUUCAGUUACAUAGCCCAGACCAUCGAGAGAGAUCAUCUACAGUCUACUGAUGUGAAGUCAGAGGUUGACCAAAAUCACCAAAAGAUCAAUGAAGAUUUGACCAUUUUCCUAGACGAGCCACUCGGUAGUGGUGCAUUUGGAGCAGUCUUCAAAGGCAGCUACAGAGGCGAUCCUUGUGCUAUCAAACUAUUACAUCAGGUUGCUAUGGAGAUGCAGACAAAUAUUCCCGCCACCAAAAGUGAAGAUGCUAGCAAUGCAAUUGAUCGUGAGAGUGAUUUUCUCAAGUCGUUCCAGCACCCAAACGUUGUUCAGUUUUUGUCGACUGCUAAGCACCCCAAAUCAGGUGGUACAAUCCUCGUUGUUGAGCUGAUGGAUUGCAAUCUGAGAUCCUAUUUUUCUGGCCUUGAUGAAGAGCCCCUCUCUAGCGAAUGUGAAAUUAGCCUCUCCAAAGACAUGGCUUGUGGUCUGGCCUACAUUCACAGCAAGCAGAUUAUCCACCGUGACCUCUGUGGCGAUAACGUCUUGCUGAAGCUGACACUGCCAGUGCCUGUUGCAAAGAUUUCUGACUUUGGUAUGUCGCGACUAUACGAUCCCUCCAAGCUUAGCUCCACCCUCACAGCCAUUGGUCAGCGUAGAGGGUAUCUACCUCCCGAGGCCUAUCGAUUAGAAGAGGAGAAUUACGAUAAUAGCCUGGAUGUGUUUUCCUUUGGGGUGAUUUUGACGCAGAUUGUUUGCAAGUUAGAGACGAUCAAAUCAGCCAAGGAUCGAUCAUUCCAUGUUGCCCAGAUCCCUCACACACACAGGUUGAGAAAGCUUAUUGACAGCUGUUUGCAAGAAGACAUGACGAGGAGACCAUCUGCCAGGGACAUCUAUGUUUCACUGACAAGAGACUCGGACUCAGUGGAGGCAACAAAGAGGGAAACUCUACCAGUCGAAAAGGGUCCCCCUCCCAGAGAGUUGAGACCUCCACUCACUCUGAAAUGGAGAAGAGGGAAAGACAUGCCAAUCAAGAUGGGUGGCUCUGUACAGAGUGUUGUUAUCGGUGACACGGUGUAUGUUGGUGGAGGGAAUACAGACAAUUUUCAUGACGAUCGUACAGUGAUGAAGCUCAAGCAAGAUCAAUGGACCAAACUACCAGAGUACACUGACCAUUCCUUCGCUAUGACAUCACUCGCUAAUCGACUAGUGCUGGUGGGAGGACUUAAUGUAGGAAACACAAAAGUCACCAAUCAACUUUCUGUCUUUGUGUCAGGGGAAUGGAACAACCGUUACCCACCAAUGAAUAUUGCUCGUUACUUCUCUACACCUGUUUCCUUCAACAACCACAUCAUUGUAGCUGGUGGGCGUGAUGACGAAAAAUAUAUCUCCUCCUCUGUGGAGGUGUUGGACGUGGCAUCAAAGAGAUGGUACAUUGCUCAGUCACUACCUAACCCACGAUCAGAACUGAAAUCAACUCUCAUAGGAAACACCCUCUACCUAAUGGGAGGAGCAACCAAGACAGUGCACCACGUCGACCUCAAUGAAUUCAUUGCAAAGGCCCUUUCCAACCUGGACACACCCACUCUCUGGCAGACCUUACAGGAAGUGCCGCUCGAGUUUUCAGCUCCUCUCAGUAUUGGGAGGUCACUAUUAGCUGUUGGUGGACAGGACGACAGCGACAACCCAAGUUCAUCGAUCCACCUCUACCAGCCUGACACCAGGAGGUGGGUGAAAGUGGGAGACCUGCCUACUGCACGAUACUACUCCACAUGCUCAGUACUUCCUAGUGGAGAGGUCAUUGUAGCCGGAGGACAGACACAACUAUUUGGUUACAUUCAAACUGUGGACUUAUUCUCUAUAAGUGCUUAAAUUGUUUCAUUUCUUUUGGUUUCACUUUAAUUGUCACAUGAAUUGCGACAAAUUGCGACAAUUAAUAAUCCUGAUGUUUUUUUUAUACAUGUCAUGAGAAAGGCUCUAAUUAUCUUGCACAGAAUAAUUAUUAAUAUCAUUGUUGGUAUAUAGGGAUUGUAAAUAAUAUUAAAUCAUGCAAAACACAUUGUAAUUAAUUAUGACAUAA